GUCGUGAUGCACAUCCCGGUCGCAGCAGACCGAUCCUGGACGUGGGCCGAGCUCGGUGUCCUGCGCCUUCAUCACAACCGGCAGAGCUUUGUUUGUAAGCGCCGUUUGCUGCCUCCUCCUCCCGCCGAGCUCCUCUGAACCCUCCUCUUCCUCUGCCCAGGGGGAGCGGACAGCAGCCGGACAGGAGUCCGUGCACGUCCACGGCAACAGGUCGAGGAGCAGCCGAAAUCAAGCAGAUAAAGCCAAUGUGAAUAAAGCGGGCAGAGGCUCGAGGCAGAGGAGGAGGAGGAAGAAGAAGAAGAAGAAGGAGAAGGAGAAGAAGAAGGUGGUUUAAUGGUUUCAGCUGCAGUGUGGAUGCGACAGAGGGGACAACCGGCAGCAUGAUGCCCAUGUUCCUCACCGUGUACCUCAGCAGCAAUGAGCAGCACUUCAGCGAGGUUCCCAUCACACCGGAGACGCUGUGCAGGGAUGUGGUGGAGCUGUGCAAGGAGCCCGGCGAGGUCGACUGCUACCUGGCCGAGUUGUGGAGGGGCUCAGAACGCAUUGUUGGAGAAGGGGAGCGCAUGUUGGAGGUGUUGCAGCAAUGGGGGCAGCAGAGGGGGGAGGUUCGUUACCUCCUGCACCACCAGAGAGCUCCAGGACGAGAGUUGGGUGGAUCCAGAACCGCAGACCUGAUGAUGAAGAGGAGCCAGGUGAAGGCUUCUCUGGAGAGAGGUCUAGAGAACGAGGUCUCAGCUCCUCAUCUGGACAUGACGCUGAGUGAGCUGCAGGAUCUGGCAACCCGACAGCAGCAUCAGAUCAACGUCCAGCAGCAGCUGCUGGCCUCCAAGGAGCAGCAGCUGCGGCUCAAAGAGAACGCACACAACCAGGAGGCCAAACUGCGGCGGGUGCGGGCCCUCAGGGGCCAGGUGGAGCAGAAACGCCUCAGCAACAGCAAACUAGUGGAGGAGAUCGAGCACAUGACCGGGCUGUUUCAGCAGAAGCAGAAGGAGCUGCUGGUGGCUGUGGGAAGGGUGGAGGAGCUGAGCGACCAGCUGGAGGUGCUGAGGAGCAACAGACUGGAGCCUCCUCCUUCUCCUCCUCCUCUUCACCAUCACAACUCCUCCACAGCGGAGCUGGAGCAUCUUUAUAAAGAGCUGCAGAUGAGGAACAAGCUGAACCAGGACCAGAGCGCCCGGCUGCAGCAGCAGAGGGACAGCCUGAACAAGAGGAAUCUGGAGGUGGCAGCAAUGGACCGACGGCUGGCUGAGCUCCGGCAGCGGCUCUGGAAGAAGAAGGUCAACCUGCAGCAGAAGGAGAACCUGCCGGUGGUCUCAGACACCGUGGCCCCUCAGCACGCAUUGGGCUCCAGAGUGGCGGCAGUGGGGCCUUACAUUCAGUCGUCCUCCACUACGAGCUCUCAGGGGCCCCUGGUGCCACCCCGCCAGGAGGUUCUGGUGAAGCCUGCAUAUCCGGACGGCACUGCCACCCUGCCCAUGCCUACCUCCUUCCUGAAGCCUCCUCCCAGACCGGUCAAAGUGGCCUCAGGAUCCAGCACCUCCAAAAUAACUAAACUCUCUGACUGGAGCAGCUCGUUUUCUGAAUCCUCUGGAGGUCACAGCCACGCCUCCACGCUGCCUCGCAUGUCCGGCCUCAGAUGUCACAACUCAGGCGGUGAGACGCUCACAGACCAGAAGGGCCUCUCAGGGUCUGACAGCCCGCCCGCUGUCCCUUCACGGACCAGUCACAGCACCGAGGACCUGCUCAGGGACAAACAGGUACACUGCACUGAGACCACUUCUCUGAUCCUACAAACGUCAUGCUCAUCUGUUUUUGGAGAGGUGAAAUGUAAAGAAACUACUAACUUUGUGAGAGUAGAGGGAUACAACAACCCUGCUGGAAACCAACUUUCAAAACUGGCUGAGACACCGCCAGAAGAAAAAACACCCCACACCACCCCCCCCCCUCUGCCACACAAGCAGGAGAACCCCCCAGCAGCCGCCGUGCGACCUUACACUCCCGACAUCUCAGAAGGCCCCCCUCCUGUGCUGCAGAAGCCUCAGACUCUAGCAGCUUCAUCUAUCUACUCCAUGUACACACAGCAGGCCACACCAGGGAAGGGCUACCAACCGGGUGGCCAGGGCACGCUGCCCCGCAGCCAGCCCCGAGUCUAUGGAAAGCCAGUCCUCCCAGCCAGCGGGGGGCAGCAGUUUGUCAGCUCAGACACCGCUUUGACUUCUGGGUCUUCUGUGUGUGAUGGGAGUGAGGCUGACAACAGUUGCCUGGGUAACAGCGAAGGUGUCGGAGCAGAGGUAGCAGAACGCGCCACACCUCGACCGCUCAGCCCCACCAAGCUCCUCCCCUUCCUCUCCAACCCUCACAGGAACCCCAGCGAUGCCGACCUGGAGGCCCUGCGCCGCCAGCUGCACCAUGCUCCCCGGCCCCUGAAAAAACGCAGCUCCAUCACGGAACCUGAGGGCCCAGCUGGACCCAACAUCCAGAAGCUGCUUUAUCAGAAGACUACGCUAGCUGCCAUGGAAUCCAUCCCCAUGGAGACAGUUGGUCCAGUGGGGACGUAUGUUCGACCCGGGGUUUAUGAGUAUGGCAUGGGUGGUGCCAAUAUAACAUCCAGGGAUGAUGACAAACCUGGCUUCAACCAGCCACGCCCUGAGAGCCCAGAGGACUGCCUGACCCCACCCCCGCUGCCUCCACGCUCACCCAUCCCUGACCCUGCCUCCCGCUGCUCCCUGCCUCUCUCUCUGGAGGAUGAGGAGGAGGAGGUGUGUCCGUCUGCCUUAGCCCACCAGGACCACUUUCCAGAACAAUUCCCCCCCUACCCACCCCCACCUUACCCCAGCUGUGGUGACGUGGAGCAAGAAGAGGACCUACAGCCCCCAGAGGUCACAGGACAGAAAUGAAACGUGCUGUCUGUUAUUUUGCUCAGGGUAAGAGGUCGAUCCUCCAUAAAACCGGUUCGGAGCGGAUGGACCACAGCGUACGGGUCAAGUUCAACCCUUUGGCCCUGCUGCU